AUGUACAGCACGAUCCUCGCAGUCGUAUCCCUCUUUCUCUUCCUCUAUUACUUCGUUCUCCCGGUCAUCAACUAUAUCCGGGACCCUAAAGGAUUCCGCAAAUACCCCAAUUUCAGGUUCUGGUCAGGCAUAUCAGACCUCACUCUCAUAUAUGAAUCACACAAAGGCUUCCGAUCCCGUUCACUACUUGAGGCCCAUAAAAACCACCCUGUCAUCCGCAUAGGGCCAAACAAGCUCUCCUACUCCGAUCCUGCCGCCAUCAAAGACAUCUACGGUCACGGCACGAAAUGCACCAAGGAUGUCUUUUACUCCGAGCUGUCUGGCUCCCAUUUUCAUCUCGCAGACGUGGUGGAUAAGAGCGAGCAUGCUCGGAAACGCAAAGUUCUCGCCAGCGCGUAUGCGAUUAAGAACUUGGAAAACUGGGAGUAUAAAGUGGCCGAUAUGUCGCGCCGCCUCAUCAAGGCCUUUGAUGCUCGAUGUACUGCACCGCUCCCAAAAGGUAGUAUUCCAGAUGAGAAGGAUCUCACUGUCGACUAUCGCAUGUGGUCGAACCUCUUUACAAUUGCCGCUAUCGCCAACAUCGGCUUAAGCGAGGACCUGCGCUUCCUUGAUCAGGGCAGUGAUCUCGUCGCCUCAGAGAGCCAGGAUGGAGCCGUCAAGGAAGUCAACUUUCGAGAGUGCCUGUAUGCCACGGCCUGGGCCACUUCCAACCUGGUCUGGUCCUAUGACUGGUAUCAGACGCUAUGCAGGGUCAGCUCAUUAGUGUCAUCGACCUACCGCCAGAAAUGGAAGCUGAACAAAGACUGGGAUGGGAUCGUGUACAACCGAGCGACCACACGCUGGAAGCGCUAUGAAUCCGGCGAGAAGUUAGACGACUUUUUUACCGCUCUCAUGGCCGACAAAGCCGGGGCCCCAUAUAAUCUCGAAUGGGGGGAGAUUGUGGCCGAGGUGAGCAUCAUGAUGAACGCGGGUUCGGAUACCACGGGAAUUGCAUUGAACAACGUGAUGUUUUCCCUCAUCCGCAACCCACGUUGUCUACGGAAGCUGCAGGAAGAGCUCGAUAAUGUCCUGGACGAGGAUGAAGUCAUUGCGCCAUACGACAAAGUCAAACAUCUCCCGUAUCUUCGCGCCUGCAUCGAUGAGAGCAUGCGGAUGUUCCCUCCUGUGUCCUUCAACCUGCCUCGCCGCACGCCUCCCGAAGGCGCAAACAUUCUAGGGGAAUUUAUUCCAGGCAAUACAUCCGUGAGCAUUUCUGCGUAUGUGGUGCACCGUGACGAAACCAUAUUCCCGGAGCCGAAUGUCUAUCGCCCAGAGCGGUGGCUGGGCGAAGCAGGCAAGGACCUUCAGCCCUAUUUCGUGGCUUUCAGUGCUGGAGCAAGGGGCUGUAUUGGUCGAAAUAUCAGCUAUCUUGAGCAAACGGUUCUACUUGCGUCCUUGAUUCAUCGUUACGAGUUUGCGCUUCCAUCUCCUGAUUGGGAGCCCGUUCGGCGAGAGACAACGAAUCUCAGUUCGGGCCCUAUGCCAUUGAAGCUAUGGAGGCGAGAGGUCGACGGGAUACAGGCUGCCUGA